AUGAAAUGACUGUGCUGUUCUAUGCUCCUGUUUCAAUCAUCACCUUACUCUGAUCGACCGAUAGAACGUGACAACGACAAAAGUCGACAGUGAGUUUGCUUGCGACGCUUUGUACCGAUGCAAAUUUGAUAUGCUCGCCGGGCCACCGACACAAUCGCACAAUUGAUUUCUUGUGUAUUUGUGUGUCUAUGUGUAGCAACAUGUCGAUCAGCAGCCAAACACGGUGGCGUUCAACCACCAUUCUUAUUUUAUCAGUUUAACGAAGCGGUCUAAUACUGCAACUAUUCUAUCCAGCUAAAUACUGCGUAAUUUCUGUCGAAGCCAUUUUCGUUUUAGAUUUUCGUACGUACGACUUAAAAGCGCUGAAAACAUGGAAAAUAUUGAAAUAGCAGAACGUAAUGUUGUUGAAGUGAAUAGCGUCACCGUUGAUCUCAGUGUAAUUGGUAAAGACGCCGAAAUUGAGAUGAACAACAACAACAACAACGAAGGUGUGUUGGCUUCGAAAAAUGAAGGUUUGAUGGUCGUCAAAGAUGUGAUGCCCAGCGAAGAGCCAACGAUGGUUGAGACAGUGUCGGAAAAAAUGAUGAGCGAUGAAAUGGCCAAAGAAGAACUGAAACACACUGAUUCUGAAAUGGGUUCAAUGAACACGGAUAACGGUAAUGCAACCAGUGUGGAAAACGAGCCAACUGAAGGUGAUUUGAAGGUUGAACUUGCAUCGGUGUCCGAGAUGAACGAUGAAAAGACCGAAUCAUCGGAAAUAUCCGAGCAAACGGAAGCAUCGGAACCAUCAUCAUCGUAUGCCACUGACUCGGAAUCAAAAGAUGAUACACAAAUUGAGUCUGAAUCAGGUACGUCUGAAAAUACUACCGAAAAUAGCACUGAAAACACCGUCGAAACAUCGGAACCGAACGAAGUUACUCCGAGCGAACAAAGUGGCGAUAACGCACAUCAAAACGAAGCAAAGAAAGAAGAAGAAGAAGGUACCGUUACCGCUGCCGAAAAGAAAGAUGAUGCACAAACUGAAACGGAGCAGAAAAGUGACGAUGCAAAUGAAACGGUGAAAAGUGAUUCGUCGAAGCGAUCACCGCGCAAAAAGGGCACAAACAAGAAACGCAAGAAUCGCUCACGUUCGCAGAAAAAGCAAACUGAUUAUUCGGAUUUGGUCAAGUACACCGUAAGUGUAUCGCAACGGCAACGACGGUACACGUUGCAUGUGCCACGUGGUCGCGUGAUCAAUGCACCGGGUGAUGAUUGCGAAAUUUUCUGCUCGAACAUUCCGAUAAAUGUGCUCGAAGGUGAAUUGAUCCCGUUGUUUGAGCGUUAUGGCAAAAUUUGGGAAUUACGCUUGAUGAUGUCGUUGCGUAAUCCAAAACGUAAUGCUGGCUUCGCCUUUGUACGGUACACAAGCAACAAAUCGGCCACUGAGGCAACUGAAAAACUCAACAACUACGAAAUUUUGCCCGGCAAACUGAUUGCAAUCCGUUUGAGCCAACCAAAUCUCAGUCUAUUCGUUGGUAACAUUCAUCGGGGCCUGACUCGCGAACAAAUCCACGAAAAAAUCGGCAGCCGAACCAAUGGUUUGGUGAAGACAUUCGUGAAGACGUCGUUGUAUGAAGACACGAAAAAUUGCGGUUUUUGCUUCCUCGAAUACGAUAGUCAUUCGGCCGCACUAAAAGCCAAGCGAUUGUUGAACCAAGGCAAUGUUUGGGGUCGUCAAUUGUUCGUCGAUUGGGCACAGCGUCGCAAGCAACCAGAAGAAAGCGAUCUCAUCGAAAGCAAAACGCUGUUCAUCAAUAAUCUACCGAAAGAAACAACGGAUGAGCUAAUCACCGAGACAUUGAGUUCGUAUGGGACCAUCGAAAAAAUCACAAAGAUCAAGGACUAUGCAUUCGUUUUGUUCGAAGAACAUCAAUCCGCUGAAAACGCAAUGAAUGGUGUGGACAAAACCAAAUUGGGUAACGAAAAGGUCGAAAUUUCUAUGGCCAUGCCAAAAUCGAUGAAAAGUCGACCACGAUUCUCAUCGUUCCCAUCGUAUCGGAAAAAUAGCCACCAUCAACGACGAAGUGGCCGAAAUCGAGGCAGCAACCAUUUUAAGGGAUUCAACACAUCAUUUGGUUCAUCGACAUCGACCAACAAAUUCUACAUGCGCAAACAGCACAAGCCGAAAAAAGUAGGUGGCAACAGCGAUGCAGCCGGCACUAUCGUUGAACAAACCAUCAUUCCGAUGCCCAUCGGCACCACUUCGGCAGCCGAAACAUUAGCCAAUUAAAUUACGACUUUUUCUUAGAUUGGCUCAACUCACUUUUUUCUACUUCCAUUCGAAUUGAACUAAUUUAAUCCAUUGAUUAAGAUACUCUUUUAUACUCGGAUUUUCCUGUUUUUCUUUUCUUCUUUCAAACAAUUAAGAUUGCUUUCAUUAUACAAACAUCCAUUUAAAUGUUGGAAUAAAUAAUGAUAAAUACACCUACCUGCUUGCAGGUUAACGAAUAAAUAACACAAAAAUAUUUCCCAAAAAAA